GCCACCACCGCACGUGAGAUGACUGUGCUGUACGCUUCUCCCUCGUCGAUAGCCGCACCAUCAUCAGCUUGUGCAUGUGACCUCUUUUUCUUUCUUUCUUUUUCCUGGCGCCUCUUUAGCAUAACCACCGCUGUAACCUCCAGUGGGUUUAGCAGAAAGCGGCUUCGAAGUGGCGGAGCCGUUGGCCGAUACACACACACACACACGAGGCAGCUGCUCUGUGCGUUUGUUCGGGUGGGGCACUCCUUCCUCUGGUUCGCUCUAUUCGUUCGUAGUUCGUACUGUUACUUUGAGCAGGAGGUCUCUGGUGGUGUGAGUGUCGUCGAGCUUCCCCCAUCUACCGACCCACCUCUGCCUCGCCAUCGCUGGACUCAUCAUUGCUUAUUAUUUAGUGUGUUGCAGAACACCACUUCACCCUCUCCCAACUUGCGUACGCCGGCGGUGUACCAGGUCGGCUGGCAGCAUCGCGACAACGGAUGCGGGGGCGAAACGCCGCUGCCGCUGCUUUUCUUCUUGCCAGCAACUGGUGCCACCGGUAAGCGACUCAUUCAGUGGAACCGCAGCGUGUCGCAGUGCUUUUGCGGUACCAAAUGGUCUGAUGCGCGCGGUGUCUGGCCGCGGCGUUUUCUCCUGGGCUUUUCACUCUCGUUGUGCUCUUGCACGCUCUUCCAGUAUUGGGCCCAAGGCAUUCGGGUGGGGUUUUUCCCGAUUAAAAUUUCCAAGCCACCACCGUUCCUAGAGGGCGAGCUUACUCUAUUUUUUCCUCGUGGGCCACAGUAGGGGGCGUUAUGUGGCCUGUGUACAGAGGGCGUCGUCGUCCUCUGCCAUGCUACAACCGCCACAGCCAAAGUUGUGGCGGUGACCACAGCAGAGCAGAUGGUAUGCGUGAAAACAAUUAAGCAAUCCCGGUUGUUGGCGAGGACGUUGGAGUCUCUCAGCACUGUACGAGACUGUCUAGCACAACUCUACACCGUGGAUCUUCUGCAGCCUCACCGUACCGCCAUAGCUUCAGUGGAUGACAGGUGUUUUAGGGUGUGCAUGAAAAUGCAGAUGCUCUCCGGCGAGACAGAGGCAGCAGAUCUGAGCGAGUGCCACAGCGGGUUCGUGGCACAGCUGCAGAUGUCAGCGGCAGAACGGCAGAAAGUAGAGGUGCACGUUCAACAGCUCCCGUCGUAGCCACUCCACUUCACCGCGUCACGGAAACAUGAUGCGAAGGGUGGCGUCCAAGGUGGCAGUGACGACAAACAAUGCAACGUGCCCGCACACUUUACCACAGCAACCGUUCAAGGCAAGGAUCUGUACCUCGAUGGCCCACCACCAUCCAGCAUCGACGCUACCGAGAACCUUAGUGAGGUAGUGAUGCGUGUCGUCGAGGGCGCAGCUCAGACCACAGAGCCAUCGUCGCCGCCAAGUGACCUGCACUACCUGACCCACUUCCUUAAGGUACACUUUGGCUGCUUUGGCCGUCAACCACAAUCAGCUACAGGAGAUCUUGAACGGCAUCUCGCUGGCCAGGAGGUCGAGCCGCAUGUUUAUUCCGUCCCUCUUCGUCCCAGUGCUAAUGUUGUUGCGCUUGAAGUUGAGCCCCGAGUUUGUGUGGGGCUGGAAUGCGCCGCGCACAAAUGGCGACUACUGCGCUCUGCCUUACGCCCAGGCGCAGUUCGUACUGCAUCACCUGCGUAAUCGAGAUUGGUGUGAGGCACAGAACACGUCAGCUUUGCCGUAUGGACCUGCCGGUGCCGCUGAAAAUGAGAAAAGGACAUGAUAAACAUGUAUGGGGAUCCAUGCCUUGAGUUUCAGGCGAGGAUGGCGCAUUGGUGUACAGUGAGGAGGACUGGUUCUCCACAAGUUUUUCGGCAAAGGGAGGAGGUGAUACCGCGCACCUCAAGCACUGAGUCACCAGUGCCGUCACCGCUCAGGCUCGACAAGGCAAGAUUGCCUGACGUGAAGGAGCGUAACAGCUUCGCCGGCCCCACUCUGAGCGAGAAGAAAAUGCAGUGGGAAAGGAUGCAGAAGUUCACUGUCUCAUAUCUGCGUACCUGCAAGGAUGGUGGCGAGAGAAGCGAGCCAUCGAUAUCCUCACGGCGACAGCCACGCAUCAUUGUUAUUUCGAGUGUCACGGUGUUUCACCCGCGAGUACCUCUGACUGAAACCACCAGGUUGCUUGCCCUCCUGUGGCCGUCGCCGGCCCUCACCGCGGAGUUUGGCCGGUACUACCGACUCUACGCCUCACAUCCCCAUUGGCCCGUCAAUAAUGACCAGCAGUGGUCUUUUUCGGAGGUGCUGCAGCCAUGUCGAUUCACGAAUAUGUUUGGUCUGUGCGUGCACCAUCGCGAGGGGACGUGUCACAGGGAGGCCGAACACCCCAGUAACACCACCAUCUCUAUGUCUAAGGCGCACUAUCAGCUCAAACAGGGCAGGCGAAGGCAAUUUCGUGGCCGCUGGUCGACCCUGUACUACCGUGACGCGGCUGGCGAGCAGCUGCAAAUGAGAUGCGCAGUCGCUAUGAUACCUCUACCGUACCUACGCAGGAUGGCUCCGAUCACGGCAGAGGUGGAGCCAAGGGCGGUCGCCUUGCUUUGCGCAUCGGAAUCGUCCACAUACGCAGGUGCUGUGGAGCUACGUUACCUUUGGCGAACAGGUCGGCCAAAUUGACUCUCAGCGUCAAGCCGCGCUGCAGCAGCGGUACAACCCACUAGGGGGCAGCCGCGUGCCGCCAACGGAUACCCAUCCAUAUUUACCGCCUACUACGACCGACAGUCUCAUAAAGGCCUUUUCCAGACCUAUCGUGAAAUCCUGGCGAGAUGGAAGCAGCAAUCCACGGCCCUGCAGUACGCCAAUAGCCAAACCUCCCCCAACGGAACUGGCAUAGGGUGGACAAGCGCCAGUCCUACUGAGAUGUAGUACUCCAUUGCAGAGGAGGCACUUGCCUUGGCGUUUGACUUCUUUAUGCUCGUUAAAAUGGCCGUGUUCCGCGGCAACGUCAUUUUCCCCGUGCCGAUCAACGUCUACCUGCGCCGCUGGGGCAGAGAGCUGCAGUGUUACCGCAUCCUCGUUGGGUACUGCGAGAUGUUGUACAAGGGCUACAUGCGAGCUGCUCGAUCCAGCCUCGAGCCUUUACCUUCCUUCUCCCCCGCCCCUCCCCCUCCCUUUCACUCCUGGUCACUGGUUGGAAUCGUUUUUCACCAGCAUUAA